AACGAGACAUUUGAAAUUAAAAAUGAACAUCCCUGUGCGUAUUUGUGUUUUUGUGUGUGUGUUGUGUUGUGUUUUGUGUUGUCGUGGUGGUGUUGUAUUGUUCACUUGUUGAAAUUCCAUGUUCCAUGAAAUUAAAUUAAAAAGCAUGAAGUGAACAUGGAUUACGACAGUCGUAUCGCUUUUUACCAUGGUAAACUAUCACGAGAAGACGCUGAGAAACUCUUGAAAGAAUCCAAUGACGGCGAUGGAACUUUUUUGGUUAGAGAUAGCAACUCGUCGUCAGGAGAUUAUGUUCUGUCGGUGCUAUCGAAUGAUGAAGUUAUUCAUUUCCAAAUUAGAAAACACCAAAAUGACGCAUUUUUCUCCAUCGACGAACAAACCAUCUCCCAUGGUCUGGAAACGCUGAUUGAAUAUUACCAAACGUCUGAUCGUGGAUUGAAUGUUACUUUGAAAAAUCCCAUCCCUAAAGAUCUACCUCCGCCUGAAACUAGACUACAUGGCCGAACUAAUUUACUUCACAGAGCUACCAGACAAGGAGACAUUAAGGUGGUUACGGCAGUGCUGAAAGCUGUAAAUUGUAAUUUGGAAGCAAGGAAUCAAGAAGGGCAGACUGCAGUUCACCUAGCUUGUAAAGUGAAUAGAAAUGAUAUAUUGGAAAUGCUCAUAGCCAGCAAAGCAAACGUUAACUGUCGCGAUUCCGAAGGAAAUACUCCGCUACAUUACGCCUGUCAUCGGAAUUCUCCUUCAACCAUACGGAUACUUGUUGAAAAAGGCGACGCCAACGUACAAAUGCGAAAUUCCAAAACUGGUUGGGUCCCUUUACACGACGCUGCAAGUAGAGGAUAUAUCGACUGCGUGGAGGCAUUGUUAUCAUUAAACGCUCCUCUCAGGCCUCGGACUAAUUUUAACGAAAUACCGGCAGAUUUGGCGAGAAGAAAUGGUCACAAUGAGUGCUUCGAUUUGCUGCAACAUUUUACUGCUCCUACGCCCAGAACUAGAAAAUCUGAUUGGUAUCAUGGCACACUGGGCAGAACCCAAGCCAUCGAAACAUUGAAAAAUUUUAUUGGUAAUCCUGAUGGCAGCUUUUUAGUACGUUAUAGCGGGCACAGCGGUUACGUAUUGACAAUGCUUUAUCUCGAACAACCAUAUAAUUUCCAAAUUCAUAUGCAGGACCACUAUUAUUAUAUUGACGAUGGACCAUACGUCGAUUCACUAGAGCAUUUAAUCGAUUACUAUAUGACUAUGGCGGACGGCCUUCCUAUAAAACUGCAAAAUCCGGUGCCUCCAACUCCAGGUCCUCCAUUACCAAAUACGCCACAUCCUAGUCUGUCUUCCACUUUACCUAGGCCUACUAGAAACGCUCCACGUAAAAGUAGUAUGCUGGACGCGAGUGAUAUGAAAAAUCUAAGCAUUCAUAAUACAGCUACGCUACCAUUGAGCUUUAAACCAAAAACUAUUCCACUCGUUCCUCUGGAAACUCCGCCGGCGGAAAAUUUUGAAUCUGUCGAAGAAAAAAAUAAUAAGACUGACGAGUCCAUUCCACGAGACAACAUCAUUCUGAGAGAUGUAAUUGGUGAAGGGGAAUUUGGAUCGGUUUACCGAGCUAUUUUACAAACUCGAGAAGGAUUCGAAGAAGAAGUUGCGGUAAAAACUCUCCGUCAAGACAUCGCCGAAUCCAGUCGAGACGAAUUCCUUCGAGAAGCUGCCGUAAUGAUGAAAUUGAAUCAUUCCUGCAUCGUGAAAUUCAUAGGCAUCUGUACUGAGCCUCCGAAUUUACUAAUGGUUCAAGAACUCGUAACUUUGGGUUCGGUAUUGUGUUAUUUAUUAAAAAAGCCCCACGAAGUGAAUCCCAAUUACGAACUGAAAAUUUGGGCUAAUCAAAUAGCUCGUGGUAUGCAGUAUCUGGAAGAGCAGAGAUUUGUGCAUCGUGAUUUAGCCGCUCGUAAUAUCUUAUUAGCAACCAAGUUCCAAGCUAAAAUAACCGAUUUUGGUUUAUCUCGAACCUUAACUUCGGAUCGAGAAUAUUACCGAGCUACAAGUGGAGGACGUUGGCCUAUUAAAUGGUAUGCUCCAGAAUCAUACAAUUUUGGAACAUUUUCAAGUGCAAGUGACGUAUGGAGUUUUGGAGUAACCUUAUGGGAAAUGUAUUCGUACGGGGAUCAGCCCUACGGUGCACUUAAAGGAAGUGAGGUAAUCGAUUUAGUAGAUCGAGGAGAAAGAUUACCUCAACCAAAAAGAUGUCCUGCGGAAAUCUAUGAAAUAAUGCUACAAUGUUGGGAAUACAAUUCACGUAACAGACCAACGUUUUCGGAACUCGUUCAGAAAUUCACAUUUUCCGAAUACGUUAAUGUUACUGAAUCGUUGAAUAUUUCUAAUUGAUCGAUCGUCCAAAUUCUACCGUUAAAUCGUAUGUCACCAAAGGAUCUAGUCAUUUUUUUUUCUUUUCUCAGUGUUGUCAGAUCAAAAUAGGAUUGUUUCCUUUCGUGGUUCAUUGGGAGAGGACAGGAAAUAUCUUGACUGAAAAGCAUUUUGUACGAUUUGUGUGAAUUUUUAUGAAACGAACAAAGUUUAUAGUUUUUCAUGUGUUUUAUUACCUAUUUAUUGUUAUUUGUUCAAAUGUAUCAUAAUUUUAUUGUAACGUUAUACCAUUAUAUUGUAUGUAACCAUUAUUCGUGAUACAUGUUUUUAAUAAAGUAUUAUUUGUUAUUAUGA